AUGGGCCGCCAGCUCCCUCCUCGCCUCAUCAAGCCCAGGGACACGCCGUACCCCGCGACGGUGCGCGACCGCGGCGACUGGCGCACACGACACGGAAUCACCAUCAUAGAGACGGUGGGCCCGAUUGCGCCCCGCGGCCACCCUCCCCAGGAGGAGCUCGCCGCUCGCCCAGCCACCCCCGGAGCCACGGAGCAGACGCGCCUCCAGAGCAACGUCUAUGGCGAGCCCCGCGGCUGGGACUACAUGCCUUCAGCUCGCCCUGUACGCCUUUUCACAGUCCAGACACCCACCGGCCCACAAUUCUUUACGGCCCAACGCCUUCCAACUGCCGCCGCACCGAGCUCGCGCGCCGAGUCUCGCAUGACGUCCCGUGGCCGCACUGUGGAACAGCGUAUGGCGAAUGGAGCGGAGCCGGCACCUAUUCCCGGCCCAUCAAACUCAGCGGGCCGAAGCGAUGUGCCGCCUCGACUCACCCGUGAGGGGGAGCAGCCUCGCCGAGGGACUUCGCCGGAGAUCCUCUACGCCCCGGAGGACACCAUUCUACGUACCGCUUUCCGGCGCGCCACGGCCACUCCCCAAGCCAUCACCGCCCCUCCGCCGCGCGUGAACGUGCCACGAAACAUGAACACUGCGGCAGGAAGUGAUGGACCUGCCGUGCGCGCGACCCCAGCCCCAGCCACCGCGGCUACCCAGCGCCGCGUCGAUUUCCUCGACCAGGUUGCAGAGCACAUCCGUACCGUUCGGGCUGAGGACGCCGAGGACGACGACUACGAAGACAGCGACACCGAGUCCGACACCGCGACCGAGGUCGACUUUGUGCCCCCAGAGGUGGCGGACCCCCAUGCGGCGUACGUGGCCCUCACGAGGACCGACGGGCCCGUCGUGCUCUCGGAGGAGGACUUCAACGCCCUCCUGCGGAUCAUUUCUCGCCGCUACACCCUCCAGGAGGCGCGGGACGUGGCGGACCGACACUCUCUCCGCCACAUCACCCAGUUCCCCAUCCACACGGCUCGGUACGUCGCCAACGCCUUCCUCGCCCUCCUCAACGGCGGCCAGAGGAUUGUCACGCCCACUCUUAGUUUUCUCCGCGAGGUAGAGGACCACAUCCCCCGGUGCACCGGACGCGACUGCGACGUUUGCCACAUGUACACCUUCACCGUUUGGAACAGGUGA